UCAGGCUCCUCAAAAAAUAUCCAAAUUGGCGGCCAUGAUGCAACUCUUUGAAGCCUGAAACCACACAAAACCUCAAGGAGAGUCCGUAGUUGUCCAAAAAAAUCCUUGUGAAUUGUCCAAACCGACCGUUAGCUGACAUAACAUUCAAAUUGUAGUCAUUUCCUCAGUGAGCAAAAUACAGUUGCUGACUUGCUGUAAAGCUAUCUACAGUGCUUGCCAACGUACGCGUUUAUCAAGUUGAUUGUGGGUUGAAGGAGCAAGACAAGAGUGCACGAAAUUGGAGUAUAAAAAACAAGUAGCCCUUCAAUAUCCAACUAAUAUUUUGGAUCGCUUGAGUGAUCACAUCAGAUACCGGCCGGCGAUCAGAGGAGAUAUCAGGCUAAAGUCCCAGCUUAAUUUCAGGCUGUAGAAUCGAUGGUGUUUUUUCCAUCUUUUCAUGAUGGAUUGUCCAGAAUAAUAUCGACAAUCAAGGGCAGAAACUCUCAAAAAGAUACUGGAAAGGAAGCUGCAGAAGCUUUGGCAAAGGAUGCGAGGAAGAACGAGUUGAUGUUGAGCUCCUCUGGCAAUGUUAAGUCUAGUAAGUCAGAUAAUUUUGCAUCGGUCUGCUCCAAGAGAGGGCAAAAAGGAAUUAAUCAGGAUUCUUCUGUUGUGUGGGAGGGAUUCGGGAGUCAAGAUGAUAUGAUCUUCUGUGGCAUUUUUGAUGGGCAUGGACCAUGGGGCCAUUUCGUUUCAAAAAAAGUUAGAGAAUCUGUACCCUCUUUGUUGCUGUGUAACUGGCAAGAAAACCUUGCAUUGACAUCGCUUGGCAUGGACUUCGAGAUGGAUUUGGAUAGAAACCUUCACCAAUUCGAUAUUUGGAAGCAGUCCUACCUAAAGACUUACGCUGCCAUUGAUCAGGAACUUAAGCAGAAUCGCAAGAUUGACUCCUUUUUUAGUGGGACUACGGCCGUAACAAUCAUUAAACAGGGUGAGAAUCUUGUUAUAGCAAAUGUUGGUGAUUCUCGGGCUGUGCUGGCGACCACUUCCAUUGAUGGCAGUUUGGUUCCACUUCAGCUUACCAUCGAUUUUAAGCCUAAUUUACCUGAGGAGGCUGAAAGAAUAACACAGUCGAAGGGUCGAGUGUUUUGCCUGCAUGACGAGCCAGGGGUUUAUAGGGUCUGGAUGCCAAACGGCAAGACUCCAGGACUAUCAUUAUCAAGAGCCUUUGGAGACCACUGCGUAAAAGAUUUUGGGCUCGUUUCGGAACCAGAUGUGACACGAAGAAACAUAUCAAGCAGAGAUCAGUUCGUCAUUUUGGCGACUGACGGGGUAUGGGAUGUGAUUUCCAACCAAGAAGCAGUGCAGGUUGUUUCUUUGACACCAGAUAGGGAAGAAUCAGCUAAAAGACUGGUGGAAUGCGCAGGCCGUGCAUGGAGGUGCAAGAAAAAAGGGAUUGCCAUGGAUGAUAUCUCAGCCAUAUGUCUCUUCUUCCACCCUUCACCGUCUCAACAGAUCGACCCUCAACUGAUCUCCUCACAGGCUGACAUGAUGAACGCUUUGUAAAGCAAUGCCUUCAACUACUCUGGUAGUUGUUGUAUGUGUAAUUGUGAAGAAGCAUUAUGGACCCAGAAUUUUACACGUCUGAGAAUUGAGUAAAAGAGCACACCUCCUUCAAUCGCUCUA